UUCUUAAUUAUUUUUUAAUAAACGCAUAAUUAAUACGAUCUUGGGUGUAUAACACUACAAUAUAUUGUUAAAAUAUUUAUCUUUAGUUAGUAGUAAUUAUCGACCAUUUAGUUAGUGGCACCAUCUAGCAGAAUCAGUAGAAACUAUUUCCACUACAAACUUGGGCAUUUUGCCAAUGAUGACGCCACUGGUACUAAACCCGCUCACUGAGCGGCUCAAUGAGCGGUGACCUUUCUGGGAGCACCCUUUGUACACAUUCUCUGCGCUUGUCGCCUUGUCGCCAUUCGUAAACUCAUUCGUGUCAUGUAUACGAUUUAAAUGGAAAAAGAACCGCUUUAAUAAUAUCGACGGUCGAGCAGUUGGUUGCGGUGACCCAAUUAGAUAAUUUGCAACUCGAUUAGAGAAAGGACACGUUUGUGUAUAUAGAUCAUUUAUACAUGUUACGCAUUCAUGUUACAUGGACACCUUUGUAGAUCAAAGGGCGAGAGUUAAAUUGACAGAGUAGUCUCUGUAUAUGGUCAUUUUUAUAUUCAGCAGGGCUGGUCCGUGCAUCAUAACUUUGUUCCUUUAAUAGGACGAAUCGUGUAAGUCAGAAGGAUGGUUAGACGUUACGAAAACUGCACAACUUUUCAAUUCAAUUGGAAUCAAGUUGUGCAAGGAUUCUGGCAAAGAUACCCAAAUCCUAAUAGUGGCCAUGUUCUUUCUGAGGACACUAUAAAGAGGGAAGUUAAAAAUGGAGUCCUAUAUACCACGCGAUUAUUAACAAAGACAAAUAGGAUACCUAAAGGGGCAGAGAGAUUUGUCAAUAAAAAUACUGUUAAGAUUGUUGAAGAAAGCAUUGUAGAUCCCAAAGCCAAGACUUUGACAACAUAUACAAGAAAUUUAGGUUAUACUAAAAUUAUGAGUGUUGUGGAGAAAGUUGUCUACAAGAUUAGCGACGAUAAUCCUAAUUGGACAGUAGCACAGAGAUUAGCAUGGAUAGACAGCAGCGUGUUUGGCUUUAGUAAAGCUAUUCAAGCAAUUGGAAUCGAUAGAUUUAAGAAGAAUUGCAAUUUAAUGUACAAUGGCUUCAAUUAUGUUCUGGCACAUAUGUUUCCACAUACGGCGCAGUAUAUGAAUCCGACGCUAGCUCAAAUGGGGUUCGCUCAUCGUGUAAGUGCAGAUGUUUUUGGAAAAGUGUUGUAUAGAAGUUUGAGUUUUUUGUUAUUUUAGCAUGACGAAGGUAUAAGAUCCACUCUGGCAGAGGAUUUCCAACAAUCCUUCCAAGGUAAGGCAGAGAAAGUGAAGGAUGCUGCAAAGAAAGCUACAGAUUUGGCGAAGAAGAAGGCUGGACCGCUUUAUGCGGCUUGCCAACCACAGCAAUCGUAAAUAACCUCAUGGGCUUACAGUCACUUCACAAGGAUAUACAAAAAGUAUUUUGUUGAUAAAUAAGGGUACUUUGAAGGAGCUUCGAACAUAGUUGAGGUUUUCAGCGGUCUUGAACGAUAGGACUUUUGCGAACAAUUAUUUCGUUCGCGUAAUGAGUAGAGUUGACACGACGAAAUCAUUAAUAAGGAUAAUUAAUGUUUGAAGUCCAUUUACAAGUUCGGAUACCCAUACAAUCUUGCAUCCGUAAUGUAAGAACUGCAGCAAAUUGUCGCGUGAAGAUUUCUAAUGAUAGUACUAGAUAUUGUAUUACAUUACCAUUCCUUUUAACUGCCAAUCUAUGUUUAAUUAUUAAGAGGCGCGUAAUGUAUGAGAGUAACAGAUUUAAAAGAUCACGUUUUCUACGAUGACAAUGAAAAUUGGAUGUAUAGGUGUUACAUCCAAACAUUUCAUUUUUAGUGUAUCCUACUUCAGUCGCAUUUGCUUAGUUAACUCCACAGCACGAAGAGUGGAAAGAGUUGAAUGCAAAUGAUGGACGUUAUCGUGUGAAAUAUCCGAGAGCUAGCCAAGUGUAAUUUUCUUGAAAAUUUGAACAAAUUUAAAUUUACUAGAAUCGAUCGUGAUUCUUUUUGAACGAAUAUUAGAGAUCAAAAGGGAAGUACACGAGAUACGAUGUGCAUUUUUUCUUCUGACACGAUUCAACCACGCCAUUAACGGUUUGUAUCGGUAUUCGAUGCUUGGUACUUUAUGACAAUUGUGAAAUUUAAAUUUUCAUACAACAACGAGUAAUUAAUGCAAAUCUUAGGGUUGGGGUUAGGUACAAGUUAAACAGAAGUAAUUUCUGCAGUCCUUGUACAUGUAUAUAGUAAAAAUUUGUAUAAACAAUUACAGAGAAUCUAUGUUGUGCGAAAUUGUAAUAUAAUAGUGUCUAAUUUUAGUAUCGGAAUUGCCCGCUAAUCGUGCAAGAAUAGACAGAGGAUGUACUAGAAUCUAGAAUAUCCAAAUACAAUACAUUAAUCAGAAAAAACAAAAUUACGUAUUUAUUAUUGCCACUUUGUCUCGGUCAGGGCUGGCUCAAGGAUAUUUGGCGCCCUUACGCUAUAUCGAUUAAUGGCAUCCCCUUCCUCUCCAUAAAACAAAUAUCCGUUUUUUUUUAUAUAUAAUAAUAAAAUUCCGAAUUAAACAAUUAUGAUUUUUAUGAAAAUACAAUCACAGAUUCAGGAUAGUAUUAACAAAGUUAAAUCGUUUAAAAAAGAUGAAUCUUAAGCUAGAAAACUAGUAUCUAAAAAAUAGUAGAUCACUUUUAGCGAUAGGAUCAUUUAAUUAUUAACUAAUUAGUGUUCUCGUACAUUAAUCAAAUUUUAUCUCUGAUAUACUUUCACUGUCGAGUGUUUACUCUUUAAUCUUUUUAACAAUUAGUCAUCCUCUACAUGUCUAUACACUUUAACGACUGGUUCUUGCACCAAUAUUUUGUUAUAUAUUAGAUAUAAAUAAUUGUCCAAAAUCUUUGUUAUUAAUAUUUCUAAAAUGUAUCCUCACCUUAAUAAAAGAUACAAAUUCGGAGUA